AAGGGUUGUGGGAACUGAGGUGAACAAAAACGUCCUCGUGGUUUCUAGUGGGGCAUUUGCACAGUAUUAGCAAUCAGGAUGAAGCCGGACACCAUGUUCUUUCUGCUUUAUGCCACAGCAUUGGUGGUUUUUGGUGUACACAAAGCUGCACAGUCAAGUCCUGCUGUUCGUCUGACUGCUAAUCCUCCAUGGCCAGAUGUGUUCCCAGGAGAGACAAUUACUCUCACCUGUCAGGUGAUUGAAUCUGAGGGAUGGACAUUUGUGUGGACCAGACACAGACAGGGUGGUCAAACACAACUUCCAGCCUCCAGUAGUAACGGCUCUGUGUCUGUGUUUGUCCUGAGUGAUGUGAGAGAGAGACAGAGCGGAAAGUAUCAGUGUGAAGCUGUAAAGGGGAAUGAGCGAGCUUUCAGUAACAUCCAUACAAUAAAAGUCUCUGCUGAUCGUCCUCAGGCUGUCAUAGUCACAGAUCCCCCAGCCUCAGUGAUGUUCACAGGAGAAACGGUUAGCUUAGCUUGUGACAUCAGGAAAGGGUCUGGCUGGAGAUAUUCAUGGAGCAGAAACACCCAGGGAAGAUUAGAGAGCCUCUAUGCCCGCAGUACUGAAAGCCAACAAAAGCACAUCCUGCACUCUGUAAGAGCGUCAGACAGUGGAGAGUACCUGUGUCAGGGUGAACGAGGACAAAACCCUGUGAUCCAGUCUUCCCCUGGAUCACUUGUGUUAAAUGUGUCUGGUAAAAAGCCAAGGCCUGUUAUUACCCAGAAUCCCCCCAGUGGAGAAAUUUACACAGGAGAGAGAGUCACCCUGAGCUGUGGGUUUGGGGGAGAUCCUGCUGGCUGGGAGUAUCUCUGGUACAAAGACACACUGAGACACACUGUGCCCAACACUGACAGCAGCAGGACUGAUGGGUCCAGUUUCACCAUCAGCUCUGCUGCUCUGGCCCACAGUGGAGAGUACCGCUGUAGAGCUGCAAGAGGAAGACAACCUUUUUACUUAGACUACAGUGAUCCUCUGACUUUAGAAAUAUCUGUAUUGCCUGAAACACAGCUGACCGUGCAGUCUGGAUGGAUAGAGGUCUUCCCCACUGAGACAGUGACUCUGAGGUGUGUAAUUCAGGGCAGCUCUACAGAGUGGAUGUAUGAAUGGUACAGAGAUGGACGGGAGCUUCCUGUAGACAAGGCUAACUCGAGCAGUGUAAAUGGAGACACAUACACAAUCCUCUCUGCUGAUCAGUCACAUGCUGGACUGUACACCUGCAGAGGAGAACUUACAAGGACAGCAUCUGUACACUCUCUGAUUGGCAGCUCUGCUAAUUUGAGUGUUCGAGCUCUCCCACAAGCUCAGCUGACCGUGCAGUCUGGAUGGACAGAGGUCUUCUCCACUGAAAUAGUGACUCUGAGGUGUGUAAUUCAGGGCAGCUCUACGGAGUGGAUGUAUAAAUGGUACAGAGAUGGAUGGGAGCUUCCUGUAGACAAAGCUGACUCCAGCAGUGUAAAUGGAGACACAUACACAAUCCUCUCUGCUGAUCAGUCACAUGCUGGACUGUACACCUGCAGAGGAACACAUACAAGGAGAGCAUCUGUACACUCUCUGGUUAGCAGCUCUGCUACAUUGAGUGUACGAGGGGGAAAACCAAAACCUGUUAUUACACAGAAUGCCCCCAGUAGAGCGAUGUACACAGGAGAGAGAGUCACCCUGAGCUGUGGGUUUGAGGGAGAUCCUGCUGGCUGGGAGUAUCUCUGGUACAAAGACCCACUGAGACACACUGUGCCCAACACUGACAGCAGCAGGACUGAUGGGUCCAGUUUCACCAUCAGCACUGCUGCUCUGGCAAACAGUGGAGAGUACCACUGUAGAGCUGCAAGAGGAAGAAAACCUUUUUACUCAGACUACAGUGAUCCUCUGACUUUAGAAAUAUCUGUAUUACCUCAAACAUAUCUGUUUGUACAGUCUGGAUGGACAGAGGUCUUCCCCAAUGAAACAGUGACUCUGAGGUGUGUAAUUCAGGGCAGCUCUGCAAAGUGGAAGUAUAAAUGGUACAGAGAUGGACGGGAGCUUCCUGUAGACAAGGCUAACUCGAGCAGUGUAAAUGGAGACACAUACACAAUCCUCUCUGCUGAUCAGUCACAUGCUGGACUGUACACCUGCAGAGGAGAACUUACAAGGAGAGCAUCUGUACACUCUCUGAUUGGCAGCUCUGCUACAUUGACUGUACGAGCUCUGCCUCAGGCGGUAGUGACCCUGGAUGAAGGAUGGAUGGGGGUCUUCAUCACUAAAGGCACUCUAGCAAUGAGGUGUGAGCUUCAGGGCUUUACUUCUGCUGACUGGAACUACACGUGGUACAGAGACGGAAUACAGAUCUCACUAAACCACACUAAGAAGAGGCACACAGUGGGAUUCUGGGAUAGCUCCUCUGAUGGUGAAUAUAGAUGUAGUGGGAACAGGACAGACAGACCGUACUACUCCCUCAUCAGUGAAGGCUUCAUGACAAGCAAUAUCAGACUGUACUUUAUUGUGGCUCUUACUGGUUCUGUCGUAAUUUUCAUAACCCUGGUCGUACUGGCAGUCCAAUGCUCUAAGAAAUGCAGGACAUCAGGCCGAAUUAAAAAUCAGCCGGAUGGGGGCGAGUUUUACUCCAGGGUAAAUGCAGACUACAUCAGCGCAGAUCAUGGAUUACCAGCCAAUGCUGUGUAUGAGGAAAUAGACCCUGCCACAGAAACAGAAGGUUCUGAAGUAGUUGGGAAGCACAGUUUCUAUUCAGCCGUUCAGUUAAAACCAUUAAACUAAGAUCCUAUUGCAUAAUUGGACACAGGAAUCCAUAUUCACUCAGUCUUACCUUCAUAUGUGAGGGAAUAUAUUCUCACUAUAGGUAUAUGCCACUAUAUCCUACUAUAUGUUUUCAUAUCAUAUGCAUUUUAAGGUCACUAUGUUGCACAUUAAAUAAUGAUAUGCAGUUGAACCACCCUAUUAAUUUCCUCCUCUGUUUUUAUAGUUUCCACAGUAAUUCUGUAAAAUAUGACUCUGCAGAACUCAUAGGUCCUGUGUUGUGGAAAAUUGUUGUUGAAGUUGAUGAAACUUGAUGAAAAUGCAUUAAAUAAUUUAAUAAGCUUCUUAUCCAGGAAUUCUCAACCCAGGUCCUGUGGGGCUAUACUGAAUCUCCCUUUUCAUUGAUACCCAGUGCUUAAUUGAUCAGUUAAAGUAGUUGACUACACAGAUAAUCCAACUCAUGUGGUUACUUGAAUCUAAAUUGGCUCCUGAAAACAAACAGUGGCACACCUAGGCCUGGAUUAAUGCACAGGGUCACCCAGGCAGUAGUAAAGGUUGCCCUAGUCCCGAGGCCCAUGUCAUCUUAAUUCGGCCCUGGAUGCACCCUGUUGAUCAACAGGACCUGGGUUGAGAACCCCUAAUUUAAGGUAAUCAAACCUUUUGUAAUUCUGUAAUUUUGUCAAUGUUUAAGAGUUGGCAUUUGCUAACUAGUAUUCUUUUCAUGUAUUUAGUGAUAUGGUUAAAUGAAAUAGCAUUGGGACAGUGGCACACUUAUUGUCAUUUUGUCUCUGUACUCCAGCACAAUAAAAAUAUGUAAAUAUGA